AGCGAGUGCGCGAAGAGAGGAGGAUCCGCAACGCUGUGAGGAGAUGGUCGGAAAAGUGCGACGCCCGGAUGAAGGCGAAGGCCAUGCAAGCUUGGAGGACGAUCGCGUGGGAGGAGCUGAACUUGCGGCGAAUCAUGAGGCAAGUGAGGACGAAGCUGCAUGCCUGGUUCUACGAGACCAUGUACUCCGCGUUCGAGUUCUGGAAGGAGAACGCGCAGUCAUUGAGCUUGAUGAGGAAGAAGACGAGAAAAGUGAUGAUGUGGCUGGUCAAGAAGGACGUCAUCCGCGCGUUGGGAGCAUGGAUCGCCUGCUGGGCACACGCGAAGGACUGGCGAGUUUGUGCGCUAGAAGGGUGUUUGCAGUCGCGAGCCAAGAGGUACACAGCGUCAGAGGUCAAGAGCUUCAUCAACUCAGCGAGAGGAGCCGCGCUCUUGCAUGAGUUCUCCGAGGCGAGCGCGCAAGAUCUGUCAGAGAAGGUCAUCUCCUCCCGCAUCGACCUCGAGGCCCUUCACGAGCACCUCACCGUCGACGCCCUCACCGCCGCCCGCAUCUUCCCUAGCGAAGACCAGGAUCGAGCUCAGGCGCUCAUCUGGAAGUUGGGGCAGGUUGAUGUUGAAUGACACCUCCCGCUUGGACACGCUCGAGAUCUGGAACAGCCGAAUGCUGCUGUCCAUCGACAUCUUCGAGGACGAGCUAGACAACACAGU